AUGAGGGGGCACAGUGGGCCCUUGUCGGCGUGCAAAUCUGGAUGCAAAGGACGCGCGUGGGUAGAAAGAGGUCGCCCUGAAGUGCAGGCCGUUUCGGUUAGGCCAGCCCUGAAGUGCAGCCUAGAGUUUCUUCCUCCCUCCUUGAUGAAGAAGGGAGAUGUCUUUACAGCUAUCUGUAAAAGGCUCGUUGGCUUACCAGAGCAGCGAGGAAACUCUUACUGCAGUACUCCUCCAGAUAGUGGACCCUCACUCGCCGACACCCCUCAUGUCGCCACCCACCGUGGGCCCCACUCUUCAAACCCUGACGAUAAAUUGUGA